AUGUCGCUCGUACCAGCGCGCAACGGCGCCAAUGGACCGCCAACUCGAGCGAAUCAACUUGUCAGCGAUAAGCCUUUUCAGACUUCGACGAAAGGAAAAGUGCCAACAGGUUAUGCGCAAGAGAUCGCCAUAUCAGAACAGAGCUUCCGCGAUCUGCACCGCGAGGUCGAAAAAUCAGGUGCUGCGGGCAAGAAGCGCAAGCGGGAGACGAAAGGCGACAGCAGCGUGGUGUACGGCGCUGGGGCUUACAAGGGUCCUUGGGCGAAGUACGAAGAACAGCGCAUAGACAGCGACAGCGGCGAAGAGAUUGAAGUCGAAGUAUCCGGCGAUGAGAGCGGCGAGGAGGUUGUCGAGUACGAAGAAGAUGCGAUUGUUGCAAAUCCCACGAAGGGCACUAUCGCAGGCACAGAAUACGGCCAAGUCGGACAAGACACAGAAAGCAGUGUAUUCGAGGGAUCGCAACAGUACGAUUACCAGGGCCGAACAUAUAUGCAUGUGCCGCAGGACCUGGACAUCGAUUUGGUUGGCGAUUUCGAGAAUCUCAACUUGAAAUGCUUUCACCCUAAGAAACUGAUACACACCUACAAGAGCCACGGAAAGAACGCUCACGAGAAAGCCUUGACUGGCCUCAAGUUCUUCCCGUCGUCUGGCCACCUCCUCUUAUCGUCCGCAGCCGAUGGCAAGGUCAGGCUUUGGGAUGUCUAUCAUGACCGCGAGCUGCUCCGGUCCUACACUGGGCACACCAAGUCUGUGGUGGACGUGGACUUCACUCCAGAUGGCACCAAAUUCGUCUCCGCUUCGUACGAUCGUCAAAUGAAGGUAUGGGACACUGAAACUGGGAAGUGCCUAGGCCGCUACAGCACCGGCUCAACACCUCACGUUGUCCGAUGGCAGCCUGAGGAUCCUUCUGGCCAUGAAUUCUUGGCUGGUAUGCAUGACAACAAGAUCGUGCAGAUGGAUACGCGAUUGCCAGCCGAUGGCGAGAAGAAGAACCCUGUGCAGGAGUACGAUCACCAUCUUGGACCAGUAAAUACCAUCACCUUCACCGACGAGAAUCGGCGAUUUAUUACCACUUCCGACGACAAAUCCCUACGUGCGUGGGAAUACAACAUCCCGGUGCCGAUCAAGUUCAUUGCUGAGCCAUAUAUGUUCCCAAUGGUCAAGUCUGCUACACAUCCCGCCAAGGGCGCAGUGCUGCUGCAGUCCUCUGACAACACGAUCAAGGUAUAUAACACUGGCGAGAAGAUCAGGCAGAAUCGAAAGAAGGACUUCCGAGGCCACAACAACGCCGGUUACGCCAUCGAUAUCGAUGUGUCGCCUGACGGAGGCAUUGUGUCUUCAGGUGACAGUGGAGGGUUCGUAUGCUUCUGGGAUUGGAAGAGCUGUAAAAUGUGGCAUAAGAUUAAAGCUAGCGACUCUGCUGUCAUUGCGACUGCAUGGCACCCAAGAGAGGCUUCGAAGGUGGUUACGGGUGAUCUGAAUGGAGUCAUAAAAUACUGGGACUAGGGCGUUGACCGUCGAGCGGCCCGGCAGUGAUGGAUAUCAUCUGGCCUGUCAAAGACACGGCCUCUCUACCGCAAGUAGACGAAUGUCGAGCGACGGUGAUGCAACCAAUUUCCUGUCCCCGAUCACCUUCACCGCUGCAUCGCUGCAUCCACAUCUAGCCACGUCCUCGUACUCUCGUGCUGCAGAAUAGCCGGCUGUAGAGAGUGACAGGUCCGCUUCGUACAACAGGACUAUGCACUGGACCGAGAGGGCAAAUAAUGUCAUGUCCCGCCCACAAUUUUGGUUGGCCGCUGUCCUCCGACGCCGCCCAGUGACAUGUCACCUUUUCGCAUCGCAUGCAAUACCAUACACGUUGGAGGUGCAGAUUGAUAUCGGUCAGCUUUGGCCAUUGCGUUGAAGCUCAAUCGCGGCAUGAAAUGCGACCUCUAAGACCUCGACUCUGUCCACACGUUUCUCAAUGGGAAUCUUCCAAGCCCUUUUCGGCCCGAGACUCACGCGGAGAGAUCUCGACGUCCUGCAGAAACAACUGGAACGCGAAUUCGAUAGGAGACACGAACAAGGCGGCAGCGAUCGACAUGGUUCUAGGUCGAGUGAUGCAGGGCGGAGACACCAACAGAAGAACGAGACAAGGGUUCGAACAUAUCCAAGGAAAGAUCGAUAUGCUGGCGAGAGUGACAGUUUGUCGGAGGAGGAAGACGUACUGGAUGGCCUUUGUGGUCGAUGCGGCGGACGAGUGCGAUAUCGAGUGAUCUCUCGCGC